GGUCGAAACUGUUCUAUUCCUACUUCUUUCCCGUUUUUCUGCGUUGAUACCCCCGAGGUUUGGAGGCGUUGUUGCCGUGGUUGUUGAGCGAGUUUUUAAAUGACGAUGACUGAAGCUGUUCCCCAGAGAGCCGCCCGUUCGCGGUUUUCUCGAGCACCCCGUUCUUGUUUCCGAUGUGGGAGGCCUGGCCAUUUCCUGCAGGAAUGUCCCCGGCAAGACAAAGUUUGCUUCAACUGCGAUCAAGAAGGCCAUUUGUCUUCUGAUUGUAAGAAUGAACCCAUUUGUUUAAGGUGCUCUGAGAAAGGGCAUAACAAGUCCGCUUGUCCUAACUUCCGCAAGUUUCCUCUUUGCUACAUUUGCAAAGUUUACGGUCAUCUUUCUUACGAUUGUCCUAAGCACGGCAAGUCUCAAUUUUUCCCGAAAGAAAAGAAAUCUCGCGCUUAUAGGAGAAUCCCAAGAAUCGAUUCCGAGACCGCGGACGUCAAGGGAGCUGUUGGUGGAAAUAGUAACUACGGCAGUAAGCCCUCCCAAAGAGUUUAUGUCCGCAGAGAAAGGAAGCCUCGUGGACCUGUCCGCUGCUAUAAAUGCCAAGGUGAAGGGCAUUUCGCUCGGGAAUGUACCGAAAAAUCCGUGGAAAAUUAAGAUAUAAUAAAG